AUGACGAAAAUUUUCAUAAUCAUUUAUACCACUUAUACUCACAUCUACCAAUUAGCUCUUGAAGUCAAGAAAGGUGUCGAAUCUGCUGACCCUGAAGCAGAAGUUGAAUUAUUCCAAGUUCCAGAAACUCUCCCUCAAGAGGUUCUUACUAAAAUGCAUGCUCCACCUAAACCUGAUAUUCCAAUAAUUACUGCUACUAAAUUGGCCGAAGCUGAUGGUUUCUUAUUUGGUUUUCCUACAAGAUUUGGUACACUCCCUGCUCAAUUUAAAUCUUUCCUUGAUAGCACCGGUCAACUUUGGUAUACAAAUGCAUUAAAGAGAAAAUUUGGUGGAAUAUUUUUUUCGACUGCCACUCAACACGGUGGACAAGAAACUACCGCAUUUACUACUGUCACAUAUUUCGCUCAUCAUGGAGUUAAUUUUGUUCCUUUAAGUUCUGGAGUACCAUAUCAAGGUGAAACAAAUGAAGUAAUUGGAGGAAGCUUUUGGGGUUCUGGUACCAUUACUGGUAGUGAUGCUAGUAGACCUAUUUCUGAAAAAGAAAAAGAAGUUGCUCGUAUUCAAGGAAAAGAAUUUGUAGAAAUUGUUGGUACUUAUGUUAAGGGAACUAAAGUGUAA